UGUGAUAUUGCCCCACUGCACAGAGAGUCUGAGAGGACACCAAAGUAGAAAAAUGAGUUCUUGGGGCCUGAAUGCUUCUGGGGUCUGGAUUGGUGAGGAAUGCUUGCCAGAAAUGACCCUCCUUGACGAUACAUGUAAUUCAACUCUUCCUGACAGCGUGCUGGCUACACCUGGUACAGCUGGAUUCUUGAAAAGCAGGUUUACCUCUCGCCAUCCCUCCCAGUUGAGUUCGUCUACCAAAUUAAAAAACCCUGCUCAAAUAGUUUUCCCUCAGAGUAAGACUCUGGAUCUUCUACAAUCUAAUGUGAGCAGUCCCAAAGCAGACAGUAUGGAUACUGAACCUUCUAAACACAAUGGCACAAAAGAUGUGUCAGUAACAAGCUCAAAUGACUGUAUCAGCAAUGAAGAAAACAUUUCUGAAGUUCACUCUCCUGAACUGUCCAGACUUAAUGGGACAACAGAGAUGAUUGACAUUGAUGCUCCUGAACAAUGGCUUGAUGUCAGAUACUUCCCAGAUAUUACGCUGCUUGAUGUUACACGUGAUUCAGAGCUAACGCAAGACAGGGAUUUAUCCUUCAUGGCGGUUACACCGGAUGUUAAACCAGUGGAUUGUUUGAAAAACAACAAGCCACCUUCAGAGUUGAGUGGACAAAUUGUGGCAUAUCCUGGCAGAGCGAACACAAAUCAAAGUGAAGAUUUGUCAAGUACUCUUACUGGCAGUGUCAUCCACAAUACGAGCUCCUUUAGUGGACAAUCUGAUAAGAGUGUUGGGGAAAACAUAAAGCAAACUUCCUUGGAAGCUACUUGGGAUAUUUCUAAAGGCAGUGUUUUGGAAAGCACUCAGUCUUUGUUGGAGCCCACUGAACCAAACAUGGUGAUGAUUCAAACAUCUGCUGAGGAAGUACUUGGUACCCAUCCUGCUAAUGUUACUCGAGACAUAAGCUCCUCAAGUGACAUGUCUGUUCAUUGUGCUCCAUCACAGUUCUCUACUUCUGAUAUGCAGUGUAACACUAGUUUGAAUAACGUCCCCUCUGAGCUUCAUGUUGAACCUGUGGUGACUUCUAAUACCAUGGAAGCUAACAAUGAAGAGCUGUUUACCAGCCGUGACGCUGAGUUGACCAGCAAGGUGCCACAAAUGGCUGGGUCUAUAAACAGCAAUUUUACCUCUCUCCAGCGCUCCCAGUUGAGUUCCUCAACCAAUUUAAACUCAACUACCCAUAUACCAAGGCCUCUAAACAACACACUGGAUCUCCCCUCUUCUAAUGUAAACAGUCCCAAAACGGGCAGUGAGGCUACAGAUCAGGAUACGCCUGUCUCUAAGGAUACCACAGAAACUUCCCUCAUUAUGAAUCAAAAUUGCUCAGCUGAAAUGGCAAGUGGUUCAUGUGAUAUGCAUAAUGCCACUUUUGAUAAAUGUUCCCUUCAAAAAUCCAGUGGCAAUACUGUUUUAGGGGACGCUGGUGCUGCAACCUUUUGCCUCCAAAACGUUUCUGAUACUAAAUCUCCUAAACAGAAUGGCACAAUAACUUUCUCAGAAAAGAGCCUACGUGACGGUCACCAGAACACUUUCGACAAGCCCUCUCCUCUUACUGUCUGUAAUGCAACAAGUAGCCCUAAAGACAACCAUUCUGAAGUCCCGCCUCCUGAACUAUCAACACUUAAUGGGACAACAGAUAGCACAGACCCUGUUGCCAAUGUAGUUGACACCCCUGAGAGCACAUUUGAAGCUAAUCCAGCUGCAGAAGUGGCUUCUAGAGUUGGCCGACGUGAGAUCAAGGAUCGUUCCCAAUCGUCUCUGUCUUUGACAGAUGUGUUUUCCCACACUUUGGUCCAUCAAAGCUUGGAUACGGAGAACAUCAAAGCAAAGUCCUUCAAUUUGGAUGAUACACUAGAUUUGGGGGCAGACUCUGUGAUCACUUCAACACCAAUGACUAACUGUAAAAUUCAGUCAUUCAACAUUCAACAACGAGAGGAGGGCAAAACCAUAGGGGCACAGAAAAAGCUGUAUGGGGAUGUUCCCAGUAAGCCAGAUGGUCAAAUGCCAUCAGAAAUUCCAUCAAACAUCAUCUGUGACCGAAAAACAUUCCUGAGGCAACCACCUUCUAAAUCUCUUUUACCUCCCCCGAAAGCUGCAACCCAGCUGUUGAGGCAAAAGUUUGCUUCGGCACUUCCUUGCAGGUUUAAGGCGGCGACAUCCAGCUUGCCCAUGACGAGGAGACUACCCCAGUGCGAAGCUCUGAGAAAUCCCGCUGCUUGUGAUACAUCCCAGGGGACAACAGGAAGAUGCAGCUACUACAAAUUACGGCCUUUAAAAACAGGCGCCAAGCCACCCAAUUUGGGCCUGCAGACACCGCAGGUGAGCGGCGUCCCGACAGGCUGCAGAGCUGCAACAGGUCUCAGGCUGCCAUCUGCGAGAGGCAAUGCCCCGGCCUCUUUAAGCACAAACAAACUCUGUGGACCUACAGCAACUAAGCCUGUGACGAAGCAACCCUUAAACGGAGGUGAAGCUUUACCAAACGCAAAGAGAAAGAAAAUGGAUGCUGCAGCACCAGCCAUAACUGCUGCGGAAAUCUCAACCUCUUGCGAUGGUGUUAGCAGAGCCAAAGCCCUGAAACAGCCUGGGGCCAACCAUAGAGCUCUGCAAGCUAAACCCAAAGGCCAUGGUUGUGCCAACUGCGUCUUGCUUGAACAGCAACUGAAAGAUUUGAAAGAGCUGCUGAAGAAAUAUGAACCAGAGGGUGAAGGCUCAUAAUGUAAACAAUAUCAGAAAGGUGGAUACCAGCAGAAUCAGGGAGACUUUAAUUGAGGUGGCUACAGAAAUCAAAUUCACCCCCCCAAGCAGCUACUGAGCUUGUCGUCGUUGCAGUCUAGCCACCUGAACUGGUUUUCAUUCCAUAACAACCAGAAAUCCAG